CUCUUCCAGGAAACUUAAGACUUUAAGUGGCAGUCACGUCCUCCUCAGUGUGUUGUGUUGUCUGAGUGCGUGCUGAGGUCAAAAUCGACUGCUGUCAAACAUUGGAAGCAUUAAAAUGACUCUGUGUUUUAUGGAGUUUGGAUCAUGAGCCAGCAGAAGGGAUUCCCCCAAACUAUUUCCGCUUAUCCCCCGGCACAGAAUGACUUGCUGUGAUUGACGAUCGCACCAUGGAGAUCCGAGAGAGGUUUUCUUCGUGUUGGCAGAGUUUUUUGGGAUGUUUUAAAAAGCCGGAGGACUCUAGAGGUGAGACCAGGCGUGGGGUGAAAGCUGACACUGUUAUUGCGAAUCCCGUUGCCCUCAAAAAGUCAGAGCCGGACUUUAAUCCAAACAGAAUUUUACCGCGGCCCCCAGCGGAGAAACCAGGGGUCUAUUACGUCGCCAAGUAUGACUACUCCGCUAGGACUGAGGAGGACCUGAGCUUUAACAGUGGGGAUACUUUAGAGGCUCUGGAUAAAAGUAGUGGUGAAUGGUGGUUUGCGAAAGCCCUCACCGGGGUCUCGGCCAAUCAAAAGGGAUACAUCCCGGCUAACUAUGUGGCCCCUGUGGAGAGUAUUGAUGCUGAACCAUGGUAUUUUCCCAAAACCAAGAGGCUGGAUGCAGAGAAGAUGCUGUUGGCAGAAGGGAACCAGCACGGCGCCUUCCUCAUCAGAAACUGUGAAAGUCAGGAAGGGGAGCUCUCCCUCUCAGUGCUGGACAGUGGGAGGGUGAAGCAUUACAAGCUGAAAAGACUGGAGAAUGGUGACUACUUUGUGUCGAGGACCAGAGCUUUUCAUACACUUGUGGAGUUGGUGGAACAUUACUCCGAACAGGCAGAUGGCCUCUGUGUGCGUCUGGGUGAACCAUGCAAAAAGAUGGAGGCUCCACAGACUCAUGGUCUCUCCUACAACACUGUGGACCAAUGGGAGAUUGACCGCAGCUCCAUCAGGUUGAUAAGGAAGCUUGGAGCAGGACAGUUUGGAGAAGUGUUCGAGGGCCUGUGGAAUGAUACCACAGCAGUGGCAGUGAAGACCCUCAAACCUGGUACCAUGGAUGCCGAGGACUUCCUGAGAGAGGCUCAGAUCAUGAAGAGGCUGCGGCACGCCAAGCUGAUCCAGCUGUACGCUGUGUGCACCAUGGAGGAGCCCAUCUACAUCAUCACAGAGCUGAUGAAUGGCAGCCUGCUUGAGUUCCUCAAUAAGGAUAAGGGCGCCACGCUGCGCGUCCCUGACCAGAUUGAAAUGGCUGCCCAGGUGGCGUCAGGCAUGGCUUUCCUGGAGUUACAGAACUACAUCCACAGAGAUCUGGCAGCCAGGAACGUGCUGGUGGGCGAGAACAACAUCUGCAAGGUGGCUGACUUCGGCCUUGCCAGGGUCUUCAUGAAAGAGAAUGAAAAUGUGUACGAAGCCAAAGAAGGAACUAAAUUCCCUGUGAAGUGGACUGCUCCUGAGGCCAUCCAUGACAACAAGUUCAGCAUCAAAUCAGAUGUUUGGUCCUUUGGAAUUUUGCUGUAUGAGAUCAUGACGUUCGGACAGAUGCCUUACCCAGGCAUGACCAAUUACCAGGUGGUCCAGAGGGUUCCACAGGGCUACAGGAUGUCGAGCCCUGCCAACUGCCCCAAAGUCAUGUAUGACAUCAUGAUGGACUGCUGGAAGGAGAACGAACAGGAACGGCCCACAUUCGAGACCCUGCAGUGGAAGCUGGAGGACUUCUUUGACUUGGACGUAACGUCCUACGACGACGCCGGCCGUUACUAGCACACGGUCCUGGCUGAGACGUGGAAAGAAAGAGACACAAAAAACAUUGUUUCUGCACUGACGCUAAAUCAAAAUCCCCUGAACCCAAAUAUCAACAUACAUUGAUGUUUUUAUGAAGUAACAGAUUGAAAUGUAAUUUAAAAUUCCACUCAUUGCGGUCAAAUGAAGGAUCUAAAAUGAUCUCCAUGACUGUAUCUGACUGGCAGUGAGGAAGCUUUUACUACUGCAACAGUUGCGACGCUCCCGGUCUCACUUGGUUUGACAACUGAAUGCACUUUGAGACAGGCUUUAUGUGGGCCUAGCUUUACUCUUACAGCGGACUUGACUGGAAGAGGCCUCUUUCAGCAGAGACAGAAAGCUCCUAUCCGUCCAUCUCGACAAACUGGUUCUUCUUUCACUCAGCAUAGCACACAUUCUUUCCAUUACCGGAAGGUACCUGAGAGGAUUUACGAGCCGUGCUCACUCACAGGCUCAGUAUGUUUGGCUUUGUGUCUCGUGAGGCAGAACGAAUGGCAGGUGCCGUCAUUUCCACUCAUUCCUGAUUGCAUAUGUAGCCAGUGAAAUAUUUAACAUUAUUAAAGGGAGGGGGGCUAUUCUUAUUAACAGACUACUUACAUAAAAACUAUUUCUCAGUAGAGUUAAGUCCACGCCCUCCGUUACAUAAUCAAAUAGUUUCACUUUAGGUUUUAACCUUUGUGCCACUGUAGUAACUGCUGGCUGAACACAAAAGGACAGCACUGUCAUGUUCUAAUGACCUAAUUUGUGCUUGAAAAAAGUAUUCAUGCACAUAACUAACUGUAACUGAAUAAGAAAUAUGUAAUAAAUUAUGGCAGAUACUAUUUUCACCCAGCUGUCUGUAGCCAACAAUGAUAUUUGGACCCGGAGUGGAAUAGCCACUGAGGCUAUUUACACCCGGGUGUAUAUUCCUGGCCAUCCUAGCAAAGUGAAGAUAUGAUGUUAACAUAAACAGGUCUAUUCAUCUAUUCUGGUACAGUUUAUGUACACAGUGUGCAUUCAGCAGCUUUAUGGAUCCUUAAAACUGAAAAUAAUAAGUCGACUAAUUCUAAAAAUAAUGUGGACUCUGCUGACCCUCUGUGGACUGUGUCGCUCUUCAUACUACAUCACCUGACUUUCUGGCAGUACAUUUGUGUGUUUGUUUGUUUGUUUUUAAUUUACAACUUAAAUCUCAGAGAAGAUCUGAGAUUGGCUAGUAGUAGCCCUGACUAUGACCUACACGCGUCAACAUGAUGAGUACUAGCCAAUCAUCCAUAAUAACGCAUCACAGAAAGGGGUGUAAAUAGCCAAAUUGCUGCAUUGCUACCAUUCUCAUUAUGUGCAAAUAGACACUCCGUUAAAGCAUAUUAACAUUUUAAAAUAUAUUUAAAGCUGCAUUCAUCGAUCCUUUUAUUUCUUUGCCACUUGUGAGGAGGGCAUUAUCAUCUUGAAGAUAGUUUGGAGAAGGCAUUGGAAAACAGUUGCUUAUUUAAACAUUCAGCGGACACAGAGCAACAUUAGCAUUAAUUUGAUAUAUGUAUGGCCUCUCUGUAACCCAAGUUUGAUAUUCACUCUCUUUUAGCUCUCCACCAACCCCUGAGAAAAAUCAGUCUCCUAACUGGUAAAUGAUCCACUAUGUUCACCAGCAAGUUACUGUCUUUUUUGUUUUGAGCUGCCCUGGAUUCAGAUGCCAUCAGCCCAUUUUCUUUGGGUCUUAGUCUCAUAGAUAUGGGUUAGAAGGGGCCUGCCACACCUACUACUAUGUUCAAAAGCUAUUAUCAGGCCAUUAAAUGGCCGUGUGCACAUCCAGCGUUAUGAAACAGUCACUGUUAUCAGGCCAUUUGAUGGCCGUUUGCAUAUCUGAUGCUGUGAAAUGGACGCAGUUUCACCUUCCUUAGCUUUAGGGCAGGGGUGGGCUACCUGAGGCUCUGGAGCCGCAUGUGGCUCUUUAGCCCCUCGCAAGUGGCUCCCUGUGGACUUGACAAAAAAUUAUAUGGAAAUUUAUAACUUUUUUUUUUUUACCAUUUUAAUUUUCAAAUACUAUGGCUUGGCACCUUUUCCUAUACAUUUUGCUGAACCUAAACAGCAGUUUUCCCAGUUAAACUAACUGUGGAUUCCAAAUCCAAAAAAUAAAAAGAAAAAAAUCGAAAGUUUAAUAGUGUGUGGACAGAUUUGCUUGCUUUCACCGCUAAUGCUGCAAAGUUAAAGUACCAAAAAUUAUAAAUGGACCACCUUGUAGUAAAAAAUAUCAGUGAAUACUCUUUAGAUCUGUUAGUAAUAUUUAUAGGCUAAUAAAGACUUCAUAGGCUGUGUUACUUACAUUAUAAGGCUCAAAUAUAUUUUGCAGCUUCAGACAGAUUUUUUAAUUUUAUUUUUUUCCCCAAAAAUGGCUCCUUUGAUUGUAAAGGUUGUCGAAUCCUGACUUAGGGGCAAAACAUACUUGUUUAAGCGUAGGAAAACAUAUGGUACAUCAGUUAAAAAAAAAAAAAAUCUGAUUUGAAAAAAAAAGUCAGUGUUUACUUUUUGUUUUACAUGGGACACAAACCCCGCUCGCUUGGUUGAAAGUCCUGUAUUUGUUUGACACCCAAUGCAGACUUUCUUGCUCUUUAUAACAUGGAUGGAUAAAGAGAACUGGAUACAGCGUUGGAGGCAGGACUCCGUAUAUUCCUAUGAAAGUUUCUCAGUGGUGCUUGAAGCCAAAAAAGUUCAAUUGCCACAAAUAAAAUUACCUAGAUGUUCGGCAAUACUUCUGUACUGUGUGGCACAUAGAGCAGGCACACUAGAGUGUUCCACCAGCUGAGCUGGCUACUUUAAAUUUAGCGCUCUGCUAGCUUAAUGGGGAUGAAAACAUUUAAGUGUGCAACUCUUCCAGACUUUCAAAUGCUAUCAGACCAAAUGGCUCAAAUUCUGGUACUGAAAUGAAUCAUUUUGCAUUGAUUGUGUUACUCAAACAAAUGUAUUCACUAAUUAACAGAUGUCUUUUUCACAAUGUAAGUCUAUGGGAAUAAGUCUUUGAGAAUAAGUCUAAGUCCACAGGGCAUCACGUGACACGUGUAACUCCAAUGUAUGCCCAAUACAAAAAUGGGCUUCAAAGCCUGGUGCACUUCCUGUGGCCCUGCUUUAUACUACAUCACCUGACACCCUCCUUUGCUCCUGUCAUAGUUAUUACGGUCACACGAGGUAACCACCAAACAAUAAAUGGCCCGUUUAAAGGCCUUCUGAACCUUAGAGUAGGUAUAGCAGGCCAUGACGAACCCAUAUCUAUGACACUUUUAACCACAGAUAACAGCCACUUAAUGGCCUGAUGACAGCCAAAUCAGCUGUGAGCAGGUAGCUUUUUUUGGCUGAAAAUAGCUGCCUGUUGCAUCUGAAAAUGUCGCUCAUGAGAGCUACGAGUGAAUCUUUAAUGCAGUUUUGAUUUUGGAUGGAGAUUUUUUUUUUGUGGUUUUAUCUGUGACAUCCCAUAAAUGUGUGUUAAAGU